GUUUACAUUCAGUCAGUGAUAAUUACUUUUGACUUUCGGACAUAAAUUCAGUGUAAUCUUAAGAGAAAUUGUUCAAACAAUUUGUUGUUAGUGCAAAUGAACCUUAGGGGAAAUCAAGAAGUUGCGGUGUCGAUUUAGUUAAGUGAUCUCUGUAACUUUGGUGUCGGUGUGGAUGAGAGUACUAACCUGAUGAUCCUGCUACCGAUUACCCCGCCGCAUUUGUAAAUAAGUUUGGCAGUAGCUUCUGCUCGGAAUCAAAAUUUUCCCAUAUUUCGGCCCUUAUUUCAAAAUUAAAAGUCUUUCCAAAUCGUUAAUAUGGUAGUUACCAUUGUUACCUCUCCGCAUAAAAAAACUGGUCGUGUGGUGCCUCCCAAAAGUACCCCAGUUGCCGACAAAUCUCGAUCCGUUUCCACGCUUCUAUCGACUGAUAAGCGGAAAGGGCCGAUGAGCGUUGGAAUCAAGCGGGCCGCAGCCGGCGCGCUAACGAGUCUUAGCGGACCGAUAGCCGCCGGUCCUGUGAGCCUUGGCCUGGUCACUGGAACGGAUAGGAAUGGAAUACCGCAACACAUUGCGGCCUCAAAGGCACAAGCGACCGCAACCCGUCCGGCAGCCCCGAUCCCGCCACCACGCUCAUACCGCCGGGCAGGGACAUCAGGAGCAGCCGCUUCUGCCUCCGCUCGCCUUGCUGCCAAGGUGCCUGGUGCCCCAGUCGUCGGAUUGGACUUACAAACCGGAAGCAGCAACGUAAACCAACCUCCGUCAGUCACCAAGAAGAGCUCCCUGUCCAGCCGUAAGCUUGGCGGUGGCAAAGCUACAGAUUCAAGCAUCACGCGGCGCGUAAAGUUCUCGGCAAAUGUGCACACAUUCCCGUCCCUUACAAACACCAAGAAGUCCACCCGGAUUGGCGAGCUACAGCUGAAGAAGAAGGUCAAGAAGCUGAAGCGGAUCCGAUCGCGUCGAGAGGGCGGAAGUGGUGAGACAGCGCGUGAUCUCCUUAACUCAAGUGGUAUAGCCGCAAGUAAUCUGGACAUUUACAAAAACGGCGCCAUCGUUGAUGUGGAACCACCAGAACCACCACGUGUUCUACGCCUAAACGUUGUGGGCAAAUCGUCGCCGGCAACGGGAAAAUCUGCAUUAGUAACAGCCCUGCGGCGUAAGGCUAAAAGAACAGCAGAACAGGAAGAAAAGUCCGCAGAAUCUGUAGCUACUAAAGGUAGUAGGACAGGAAAGCCCAAGACAAAGACGAUCAGAAAAAGUGGUGGUAGCAGCGCGAAGACUCUGCUCGCAUCCAGCUCGCAUUUGGUGGAUAGCAGUGCGGGCUUAGUGGGGAGGAAGAAACCAGCAGCAACGGCGGCAACUGUCAGUCAGCGGAAUAGUCAAAUACAAAAACAAAAUGGGCGGCGAGGCUAUGGAAAAGUCUGAAGGCGGCGAUCAGCCGGAGAGUGCUGGCGAGAAGGAGCAGGUGCAUCAAGGAGCAGACCAGCAGGUUCAACGGGAAAAGCGUCGUCGAAGUGUGUCUCCUGAUGGGGGCGAUGUAGGCAGUGUAAAGACGGCUGAGGUUGUUUUAGACGGUGCAUCGGAUGUUGCCGUAACUAAGAAGCGGG